GCGGGUGGCUCGCUCAGCCAUGUAUACACAGCAGUGCUGCGCAGGACUUGACGCGUCUGGGUACCUGGGACAGGGACUGUUCGUGCCGACGUCAUUGUCACGUGGGGAGGAGGUGCAGCCAACAGCAAACCCACCCCACGCAAUCCCAUUCCCUGAGAAUGCCACCCACCAAUUGAGGCGUCCUGGCGGUGAAAUGCCGCUGGUUCGUGGCCGCUAUAAAUGGCGACGAAACGCUUGGUUGUCGUUCGUGGCUCGCGAAGAAACGACCUGCCACCGACGCGCUCGACUGGUAUGCCGCACACUCGGAAGCGGAGGUAUGUCGGCAAUGCCAACGCAAAGCGUCGUCAGGAGAUCGAGGUGCCACACAACACACUUCCCCGGCGAUUCCACGACAUGAACUUCCUCCCGAGUCCAACCAAACCUCUCGAAGUCGGGGGCGGCGACGACGCCGCGGACCCAUCAUCUCACACUUCGACGGGUUUGGACUUGACGGCACAGCAGCAGCAGCGCCACCACCCAACUCCCCCGUCCAUUGUUAAGCCCAAAGAUCGGCUCAUCACAAACAUACAGGCUCACCAGCGAGAGACCAAAAAUUACAAAUUGGAGACGUGGUACAAGAGCCCUGCAGGCGCAGGCACUGUCGCCAACACGAUCGCGGCGGCGCUUUCCGCCCACGACAAAAACCAGUCGGGGUUCAUCUCGACCGAUGACGUGAUUGCCACGUUGCAGCAAAUGAACUUUGGGCUGAAAGACCACGAAGUUCGAGAGCUUCUGCUACACCACGACUCGACAGCGUCGUCGCUCUCGUCCAAAGGCGGCGUCGUGCACUAUCGAUCGUUUGCCAAGCAGUUUGACGUGGCUCGAGACCCUGAACAAGAUAAAAUCGAGGACCCGUUGACUCGACAAGCCAGGUACAUUGCAGGGCUCCAGCAACGUGUGGCUGCGGCGUCGCAAGUGCCCGUGCCGAGCGCAGUCGGGCGGAGGCGGCAGCACCACCGGAAGAACGACAUUAACACGGCCAAGCUCGACACACUCGACUCACCACUCCCACCUGUGUCAUCCCCCGCGACGCACGAUAUCACGACCGAGUCCCCGCAAUUGCCCCCCGUCCAUCAACGCGUGUCGACUGCAGUCGUACCCUCCACGAAAGCGGCAGACCACGACAGACGAAGCGACAGGCCGCACGACCUGGAAGCGUUCUGCGUGGAAGGCUUGGAAACCUCGCUGCGAACGAACCUCCCUUCACCCACGCGAUACUCUGCCAAACUCGCGCCUGGGGUUGUCCCACACACGGCGUCAACUCUCGUACUGGGCGGAGAUAUGCGCAACACCCCCAAGAGCCUCAAACGGGCCAAGCUUAUGCCCCAAGUCGUGGACCAAGCCCAUCGAGAGGCCACUCGACAAGCGAAGCGCCACAUCAUCACGGAGCACCUGGAGCGUAUCAAUGCAUAUGCAGCGAAUGCGGACUACAAGGUGAAAGUGAUGGCAGAGAACCACAUCAAAGCUACGGCGACCAACAUGCUCCACUACCACCAGUCGUUCUUCGUCAGCCAAUCGCAGCUCGCAGACAAGAACCAUGAGAAGGGACUGAUACACUCGGACAUUGCCAAACACCACCACAACGUUAGCAAUGAAUCCAUGUUCGCGCCAGGCUAAUGGAGCGUUGUCGACAUGACCA